AAAAAAAAAGAAUCGUUUGUUCGCGAACGACUCAUCACUUAGCAUCUACUGCGCUGACUCUGCUGAUGGUGACAACAAAGCUGUUUUGACAUGAUGCUCACUGUACCCGGCGCCGGAAUUAUCAUAUUAUUUGCUUGGCUCUCUCCAAGUUACGCUCUCUAUUUUCACAUUGGGGAGACGGAGAAAAAAUGCUUUAUAGAGGAAAUUCCAGAUGAAACUAUGGUUAUUGGGAAAUACAGGACCCAGCUGUGGGACAAGCAGACCGGAUCGUUCCUCCCAGCCACACCUGGCCUUGGAAUGCAUGUGGAGAUCAAGGAUCCAGAUACUAAGAUCAUCCUGUCUCGUCAGUAUGGGUCAGAUGGACGGUUCACCUUCACAUCCCAUACCCCAGGCGAGCAUCAAAUCUGCCUGCACUCCAACUCCACCAAGAUGGCCCUGUUUGCUGGUGGCAAACUGAGAGUCCACCUGGAUAUUCAGGUUGGUGAGCAUACCAACAACUACCCUGAAAUCGCAGCAAAAGACAAGCUCACAGAGCUGCAAUUGAGAGCUCGACAAUUACUGGACCAAGUAGAACAAAUCCAGAAAGAGCAAAACUAUCAGCGGUAUCGUGAGGACUUCCCCUUGUCUUUUCAAUGUUCUCGUGACUGUCUGUGUAUCUCGUUUAACAGUAUCGUGAGGAGCGGUUCCGCAUGACAAGUGAGAGCACCAACCAGCGUGUGCUUUGGUGGUCGAUAGCUCAGACGCUUAUUCUCAUCGUCACUGGCAUCUGGCAGAUGAAGCACCUCAAGAGCUUCUUUGAGGCCAAGAAGUUGGUGUAAUGCUCUCAGGCCAUCACUGAUUGAGUUUAAGACCGGCAUCACACCCAUACAGAGCUGACUGGCAGAGAGACAAGGUGUUGAUGUGAUUUAGUAGAUGCUUAAAAAGGGCAAUUCUGCCACUUUCAACCUCAAGUGUACAUAUGUGAAACCAGCUCAUUGAUAAGGUCCUAAAAAAAAAAUGCUUCUCUGUGGGUUAAAAGUAAAAAGUGAUUUUCCAAACCUGCAGUUAUUUUCUUGCUCCCCAUGUCACCACAAAGGUUUGAAAAUCAGUUUUUAAAAUGUUUUGAUGUCAUCAGGUAGAACUUCACUUAAUUGUUUUAAAUAAACCAAUGUGCCAUUUCACAUAUGUCAACAAUGGUAUUAUGCUGGAGAUAAAUGAGGUUGAGAAGUGGUGGAGUUGCCCUUUAAAUGGGCAAUCUGCAGCUGAAGGAUAGGGCUGGAGAAAUUUAACCACACUCAAAUUUUUAGUCAAAGCUAUAAAUUCAAGGACUUACCAACUUUGAGAUCAAAAUUGUUUACAUUUACUUUGUUUAUAAACAAUGAAGUAAAACAAGCUUUUAUUUUAGGUUCUGAUGAGGUACAACAGUUGAACUAAGCUCAUGAGGCAUUUGUAAGUUAUUCAAGAAUCAAUGGGUACAUAUUAAUUUGUAAGUCUAAAAAUGUAACAACUGCAGAUUGCCCCGUUUAAACCUGGGAAGCAAAUGAAUUGAUGCCAUCCAGUGCGAUUUGUAUUGUCUAUUAUUAUUCAGUGAUUUUAAUUAUUGUGUUAAGGAGUAAGCAGCACCUGUGUCCAUGUUGUUGUAUUAGGUCUACUGCUGUGUAGUUGUUGUAUAAAACUUUGUUGGACUGUACAUAUAAGCAGUGGCAGAAGUAAACAUUUAAUGUGUGUCACUUUGAACUAAGCAGUCAGAUCCACAUUACUAGUAUUUUGUAGAUCUUGGUCUUUCUGAAAACUGUAUACUUUUGGUUUAAAACUCUUGUAUUUAUUUGGACUAUAUUGUGUUUUAGUCUACUAACAUGAUUGUAACAUAGCUAAUAAUAGGGAUAUCUUAAUGACUAACCUGUUCACGCCCAAACACCAGUUCACAAGUAGAAUGGCAUCCACAACCUAACCUUCUGUUGAAGAGCAGUAUCAUUCCAGAAAAUAUGACAUUAUUUAUAUUUCCAGAGGUCCAAACAGCCCCGUUAAAAAUUUUUUUUUAAAAGACCAACUAAUUAAAUUAGGUGCAGAUUAAAUUUGAAUGUUGUGAAAUGAAUGCCCAUGAUAAAAUACCCUUGAGUUAUUCAAAACUGAACAAGGGUUUAGGUUACAAGCUAGAUAUCAGUAAGAUGCGAAUACAACUACUGUAGUGUUAUGACAAGGAAUAAAGUCACAAGGUUUUCAUUUGUCAUUAUUAAGGUUUUUAAAAACUUUUGGUUGGCUGUCAUUUCAAUGUACUCAAUAAAAAUGGAAAACGUU